AUGGCCGUUACCGAAAUCGCAUUACUCCGCCUCAAAACCCAGGAAGCUUCGUCUAGUACGAAGACGUUGCUGCAACGGGCUCAAAAGGCCCAAUCCGAAUGGUCUGGUUAUCCCGUCCACUUUGCCCGCCAGAUUGAGCACUCGAAUUACUUCUACAUCUUUGGUGGAUGGAAAACUAUCGCAGAGCACAACGGCGAGUGGAUCAAGUCUGAGACGAACCAGAAGUUGCUCACGGAGCUCAAGGAUGAUGUUGAUGUAGAGUGGAUGUUCCACGUGGAGACUGAUCCUUCUACAUCUUCCAUUCCCCUCGAUGCACCUGUCAUCGCCGUGAGCAGGUAUUUUGUGGAAGCCGCUCAGAAGGCCGAGUUCGAUAAUGCUUUCAAGAACGACGCACCCAAUCUCGGCGCCCACAUUGCCCCUUUCACUUACAGUGGAGGAUGGCGAAUCGAUAAAGAAGGCGACGAUGAGGAAUUCGUCCUUUUCAGCGGGUGGAACAAAACGGAAGACCACUUCGGCUUCGCCGAGACCGAAGGCUUCAAAGAAUUCGCAAAAAUCAAGAGCAUUAUAAAGGGAGCAGAGAUCAAACAAGUUCGACUGGAGAAGUGGGGAUGA